CGGCUCGGCUGUCUCUCUCCACACGCCCCGGCGCCCCGCCUGCCACGGCCUCGGGCUCCGCGCCCUCAGCCCUUCCGCGGGCGGCUUCGCGCUGCCCGAGGGCCAGGGGUGCGCGGGACUGCCGUCUGCGGUGCGAAGGGUGCGCCUCCCGCGGCCGAGGGCGCGGAACAGGGACGCCCCGGCCUCGGGGCCACGGCUCGCGUUUCUCUUCGUGGUCGCCAACGCCGUCCGCCCGCUCGGGAGGCGCCCGCGCCCCGCGCGAUGAGUGCCAACGAGGACCAGGAGAUGGAACUGGAAGCAUUACGUUCUAUAUAUGAAGGAGAUGAAAGUUUCCGGGAAUUAAGUCCAGUUUCAUUUCAAUAUAGGAUAGGUGAAAAUGGUGACCCCAAAGCCUUCCUCAUAGAGGUUUCGUGGACGGAAACAUAUCCCCAGACCCCCCCAAUUAUCUCCAUGAACGCUUUCUUUAACAACACCAUAUCCUCAGCCAUAAAGGAGAGCAUAUUAGCCAAGUUACAGGAGGCGGUGGACGCCAACCUCGGCACCGCCAUGACCUACACGCUGUUCGAGUAUGCCAAGGACAACAAAGAGCAGUUCAUGGAGAAUCACCAUCCCGUGAACUCUGCGACAUCCAUAAGCAAUAUCCUCUCAGUUGAAACUCCUAAUGUAGCCCCAUCCAGUAAGAAAAAAGACAAGAAGGAACAGCUUACAAAAGCCCAGAAACGUAAGCUGGCAGAUAAAACAGAUCACAAAGGAGAGCUGCCUCGAGGCUGGGACUGGGUGGACGUGGUGAAGCAUGUAAGUAUUUAUAGCUACAGUGAGGUGUGACUGGAUUUAAGCAAAAGUGGCCCUAAAGAUGAUGACUAGCGCUUGGAAUUGGAAACAAGGGAAGAGCAUCCUUAAAAAGUACACUGGGUUCAAACUCUUGUCACUCUCUUCUGGUAUUGAGGUGGCUUUUUAUAAAACCAUUUUUUGUAUGUUUCUUACAUAAAAAUGUUCUAAGCUGAAAAUUCCUGAAGAGAUUUGGUUGUAUUAAAUUAUUUUCACAAACUUGCCUUAAUAAAAGGUGAAAUGUUACUGUUUAAUAUACUUUGGAAGCCUUUUGAGCUUUGUCAGUGGAAUAAGGGGAAUGAUAAGUAAUCAGUGUUAACUUAUAUGAUCUUAUUCUAGUGGAUGUGAUCAUUUUUUUAAAAGACUUUUCCAAAACUCCUGUCCCAGAGAAUAGAGUACUGAGUGAACAAUUAUUCCAAAGCAUGAUCCAGAUUCAUAGGCUUCUCAACUUAAGUGUUCAUCUCCUUUCUCUCAAUUACUGAGGCAUAAAUUGCUUCAGAGAAACUUAAAUCCUGGUAUUUGAGCUUUACACAUAACAUUCUUUGUAAUGCCUUCCCACCCCCCACCCCAGGGUGAACUGCUUCCCUUUAAUAAGUGAAUAUUGGUUUAUGCUUUCCUCUUGGUUUGGGUCAUGAUGCUUGAUCAUGAGAGCUUUCCAUGGUGUGUGGAAGAGGAGAACAUAAAAACGGAUCUGUCUAAUACAUCAGACAGCAUCUGAACAGAAGUGCUGGUUCCUAUUUAAACGUUUCUCUUCACUGCACUACCAAGAUGGGAGUACAAGAUGCCUUAAUAUUUAAUUUUUGUAUUGUUGGAGCCAGUGGUCUUAAUAAAUUCCUGUUUAUGUGCUAUCGUA